AAACUUCAGAUUGUGUACUUAUCCCAUAGACCUAAUAUCCAUGGAUAUUAGGUCUAUGACUUAUCCAAAAACAAAUGUCCGCUUUUGUCUUAGAGCUAUACAAAUGGAAACCAAAUCCAAUAAAAUUAAUUCCGAACAAGAAAAAAAGAAAGAAAUACCACAUCAUAAACAGCAGGAAUUAUGCAUGAAUAGACCGGCUUAUCGUCAAGGAAGAAAAUUCACUGCUGUAAAGGUCUACACAGUUUCUUCCGAAUCCCAACACUUAUUUGUUUAUGGGGUACCAACAAUAAAUCUUCGUUCUGAAUUAAAAUCCUUGUUCAAUAAAUAUGGAGAAAUAAUAAGUAUUCAUGUGGUUCCUGAUCAAGAUGUAGAGAUAUUCACAGAAUGUUAUCAUAUUCAUUACAAAAGAAUACAGUCAGCUCGAAUAGCCAAAAGAUUAGUUGAUAAUAAAUCAUUUUAUGGUGGUAUCUUACAUGUAUGUUAUGCACCAGAAUAUGAAACAUUAGAAGAAACCAGAUCAAAACUUCAACAAAGACAGAAAGAUGUUCUUAUUAGACUCAACAAAUAUAACGCUGAAAAUCAUGAGAGAAUUAAAGGAGUUUCUAAUGAAACAACAAAUUCUGAACUAAAUAAAGGAGAAACAUCCAAAAAAAGGAAACAUUCUGAAGUAAAUGUGCCAUCACUGUACAGAGAAGAUGAUCCUAUUUUAUCUCAUAAGAGAAAACAAAAGAAAAACACUGAAGACUAUAUUGUAAGAUAUGCUUCUCAAUCUUCAGAUGUAAAUGGUGGAACUAAUAAUAAAAGGAAUAAUACACUUGCACAGCAAUCAAAAAAAUUUGUGCCACUACCAUUAAGAUCUAAGUCUGUAUCAGAUACUCAAGUAUUUGGUCCACAAUUACCAAAUCCGGAAUAUUUUAAAUUCAAUGUAGACAAACCAAUUGAAGUUUCUAGUCAAAAAAAUGUUGAAGGAAUAUUGGAAAAAAAUAUUCAAAUCCCUAAUCAGGUCAACAUAAGAAAAGUAUCUAACAUCGAGAAGAGGAUUAUAUUUAGAAAUAAAAUAAUAAAUAAAAUUAGUUCAUAGGAUUACCCAUUGAGAAUAAAUAGUAAGAAAAUGUU